UUAACAUGGAAGAGGUAUAGAGAUAUGGCCAGAUGGAGCUAAAUAUGAAGGAGAUUAUUAGUUAGGUAAAAAGCAUGGCAAAGGCAAGUUAAAUUUUGCUGAUGGUUCUUGUUAUCAAGGUAACUGGCACUCACAAUUUAGGUGAAUUUUAUGAUAAUGAAAUUCAAGGCUUUGGGAAUUAUUAAUGGCCAGAUGGAAGAUUGUAUGUAGGAGAAUGGAUGAGAAAUAAAAUGCAUGGUAAGGGUGAAAUUAAAUGGCCAGAUGGAAGAAAAUAUAAAGGAGUAUUUUUAAUUAUAAUUAAUGAGGAAUAUGAAAACGAUAAGAAACAUGGUAAAGGAGUGUUCAUUUGGGAAGAUGGAAGAAAAUAUAUUGGUAUAUGGUAGGGAGGUAAAUAACAUGGAGUUGGAAUUUAUUAUUCAAGUGAUAAUGUAAUGAGAAUAGGAGAGUGGGUAGAAGGAAAAAGAGUAAAAUGGUAUGAUAAAGAAGAAAUAAAUGAAUUAGAGAGAAAAGGUAUAAUAGAUGACCUUAGAAAUUAAUGA